UUUCAUAUCCUUCCCUCUCAAGCAUUCAUACAAAAAAAAAAAUUUCUCAAUUCCCUCUAGAAAAAAGCUUUGAUUUUUCAAAAAUGUCGGGCCGUGGAAAAGGAGGCAAGGGAUUAGGAAAAGGAGGAGCUAAGAGGCAUCGGAAAGUUCUCCGAGAUAAUAUUCAAGGCAUCACUAAGCCGGCGAUUCGUAGAUUAGCUCGUAGAGGCGGUGUGAAGAGGAUCAGUGGCCUGAUCUACGAAGAAACUCGUGGAGUUCUCAAGAUCUUUCUGGAAAACGUUAUACGCGAUGCUGUUACCUAUACGGAACACGCUAGGCGUAAAACUGUUACCGCUAUGGACGUUGUUUAUGCUCUCAAGAGACAAGGAAGGACUCUUUAUGGUUUCGGUGGUUGAUUUAGGGUUUUAGGGUCUUUUUUCUUUUGUUGUAAAUCUUUCGUUGCAACUGCUUGUUGUAGGCUCUUUUUUUUUUUGUUUGGAUCAAUGUAUUUUCGUUUGGAUGAAAAUUUCGCUCCGAAAGCUAAUUGGGUUUCUAAAUAUUUGACAUUUGAAUUUUUGAAAUUUUAGGGUUCGUCCGAAAAUGUGGGUAUACUCGUUUAUCUGCAUUUCGAUUUCUUUGAACAAUCUGCUUAUUGUCGUUAAUUUUUAUUUAAAUUUUGAAAAUAAUGUGGCAAAUAAAUUUAUUA